AUGGAAGAGGACGACGAGACCCCGCGCGCGCUGCCGCGAUGGGUCGAGCUCGAGUACAACCACAUGCGCACGCUCGCCGGUCCCGGGGCUCAGGUUCGUUUUACGAACCUCUCCCGCGCCGCGGCGACCUCGCUCGCGCAGAGCUUCGCAGGCGCCCCCGCCCCUGCUCCCACGGACCGCCCCGCGUUGGGCCUCGCCGAGUCGGCGUGCGAGACGGUCGGCGUGCUAGAGCUAAUGCAGCGCGCAGGCGUCCCGCGCGAGCGCGUGUGCCUGCUUGACCCCAAGGCGGAGAAGGCGCUCGCGCCGAGCGAUGGCGAGGGCGAGGGCGCGUUCGAGUGGUUCCUGUUCGGGGUGCGUGACGACCCCCCGCGGGACCGCACUGGCGAGCUGCGCGCAAUGGGGUUCCCCGGGCGGCAUCUGGGCUCGGUGCAGAUGACAACGGACACCGCGCUGGGAGUGACGAAGCGCGUCGUGGUGGACAAAGUGCCGCUCGAGGAGAUCCCAUACGUCGACCACCCGACGAUCGUAUUUAGCCCGCACGAGAGCGUCGAGAUGCCAUUCCGGUACAUCCAAGAAAAUGACGCGCCGCUGCUUCCGCCGGGCAUGAAGGCGCACUUGCGGGAAGAUCUCGACCGGAGCUUCGAGUUCUGA